GGGGAAUUGUGUUGUUGACUUCGUCACAUUGGUGUACCAUUAAACAACUCUGGGAAUGGGAAUGGUGAAUGGAGUUGAGAAACUAAACAUGUUCGCGGAUUUGUGACCGGAAUGGUGCUUUUUGUAGGUUAUGAAUUUGACAACUAGUUCUGCCAGGCAAAAUCCAUCAGAUAUUUAAUAAGACAUGUCAAUCAACGAGGCAUAUGUGAAUGACAGAGGCGAAGAUCGUAAUGUUCACUUUGCAAAGCAUGAUAACGGGAAUGAAUUGGUAGGACCUCAUCAUUUUGAAAUGCAACACAAUACUUUGGAUAAAAUGCAGAAGACAAAAGAAGAAGAUGAAUUGCUAAAGGAGGAAUCUAGAAACUUUAUAGCUGUGGGAUUGCAGAGGUUUUGGACAGAAUGGGAUUGUUUUGUUGUAAAUCAUAGGAGUUUUAUCAAAGGGUUUAGCCUGUUGAUUGUGAUAGUAGCAAUAAUUUUAUACAUUGCUGCAGUUAUUUACCAGUUUCUGAAACAAGAUGAGGCAAUUGAAUGGUGUCAAGGCUAUGGAUUGGCAUUCAUUGUUCUUUUUAUUUUUGUCUAUGGAUUCUCCUAUUAUCUUGUAAUACAACCAUACAUUCUGCCAUCUUUCUCAGGAGUGUUUCACAGCAAGCCUGUAGUAGUCACUUGGAGGAAGAUUCGACCAGUAUUGGCUGUUGUUCUGAUAGCUGUGUUCGGAGCAUUCCUGAUCUGGGAUACCUCAGGGGAACGUAGAAGACUUGUCUCAAUAGCAGGGCUGAUCAUGUUCAUCCUUUUAGGAUUCAUUUUCUCAAAACAUCCCACUAGGGUUAAAUGGAGAACAGUUUUUAUGGGAAUACUUAUACAGUUUCUUGUUGGGCUUUUUGCUAUAAGAUGGAGUGUUGGAAGGCAAAUUUUCAGGUGCAUUGGAAUCCAAACUGAACACUUUUUGGAAUACGCCUAUGUUGGAGCCUCAUUUGUAUAUGGAGACCUACUCGUUAAAAAGGAAGCAGUUUUUGCUUUUGAGGCUCUGUCAGCCAUCUUCUUUGUCAGCAUGAUCGUUCAAGUACUGUUCUAUCUGGGCUGGAUGCAGGUAAUUUGCCUCAAGUUGGGAUGGUUCAUGCAGUUCAUGCUGGGCACUACAGUGAUGGAGUCUGUCAACGCUGUGUCCAGUGUAUUCCUUGGAAUGACUGAAGCACCAUUGCUGUAUAAGCCUUAUAUUAAGGACUUAACAAGGUCUGAAAUGCAUGCAGUUAUGGCUGGUGGAUUUUCAACUAUUGCUGGCACCGUGUUUGCCGCUUUUACCUCAUUUGGUGUGGAGCCGUCAAACAUCAUCACAGCGUCCAUCAUGACUGCCCCAGCCGCCCUGUGUUACGCCAAACUUGUCUAUCCGGAGAGUGUCAAGUCUAAAACUGACUCUAAAACAGUACGAAUCUAUGAAAGUGAGGACAAGAGUGUGAUGGACGCUGUGAUACAGGGGGCGUUUGUGGGGAUUGGAAUGGUUCAAGGCAUCAUCGCAACAAUCAUCGCAUGUGUAUCCUUCGUAGCUUGCUUCAACGACUUCCUAGCUUGGCUCGGCCUGCUUGCGGGAGUUCCAGACUUCACUCUUGAAACAAUCUUCUCAUACCUCCUGUACCCUGUGGUGUGGAUGAUGGGUGUGGAGCCUUCCCAGUGUCUUACAGUCUCUCGGCUGAUCGGCAUCAAGAUCACUGUCAAUGAGUUUGUGGCUUAUGUCAAACUGGGAGAGAUAAAGAAGACUGGAGCAAUAUCCCCUCGAACAGAAGCCAUUGCCACGUUUGCUCUGUGCAGUUUCGCCAACCCUGGAUCACUUGGUAUCCUCAUCUCCACUCUGACAACUCUCUGUCCUUCCCAGAGGUUUAACAUCCUGGCUGUAGCCAUCAGAGCAUUUAUAUCAGCCAUUGUCAUCUCGUUCCUGACUGCAUGCAUUGCAGGUGCCUUAAUGCCUGAAAAUGGAUUUUCAGCGUAAGUUUCUCGCAAAAUAUCAGUUCCUAAACAACUAACUAAUAAACAAAAAAACUUAAAACUUAAAAAUCUAACAUCAAGUCAAGUUAAUUAGUUUAGUGCCAUAUCAGUCAUUUAAAGUACUUAAUCUUUAUGCUUUGUUACUUAAUUUAUUGUGUUUGGUUUUGUAAACCAAUAAAUUAAAAUAUAUUUUUAGUUAAUUUAACCUUGGAUUAUCAAGAAUCCAAACAAAUAACUCUUGGUGAAUGAAUACAUAGGUACUGAAUUGUUUUGUGGACAAAAUAUUUAUUGGUGCAAAAUGAGAAAUAAUGUAAAUUUAACGCACCCUGACACACUAAAAUGGCGACACUCCAUUGUUAAGUUUACACAAAUAUCAUGUUUUUCAUUUUAAAAACAAAUUAAAUAGAUUGUUUUUUGUUUUGUAUGUUGUUAUGUUAGUUCAUGAGUUUAGUGAUAGCUAUUUUUACAUAUUUUAAUUAUUCUGAGUUGUAGUAGACUAUGAUGUAAAAAUAACUUUUCUUAGAAUAUUUAAUAAUGGAUGCAAUAACCCAUUUUGUAAAUUCUACCAUCAUGCUUCGACUUUACCAUUUAAACAAUCAAAAGUAUUUUUUUAGAUUUAAGUCCUUAGUGCAAUAAUAUAUUUUUUUUAAAGUUUUUGAAUUGCCAUAUUAAAUAUUAUAUUUAUGAGUGUACUUAAUUACAAUUUAUUGCAUUUUUAACUAAUUUUAAGCAUUAUAGCAUAUUUUAACUUAAUGAGUAGUUUUGUAAAUACAAGAAAU